CACUUAUGCUGUUGGGAAAUUUUGUAUUAAUAGUUUGAGUAUCAAACGAAAUCAACAAAAGAUGUAAGAAGCUGCUCGACUCAAGGGCGUAUCUAAACGUGUAUUUACGGUAUUUUACCGGCCCGCCCAACCUCAUCAGCUGUCCGGAAUUAAUCCAAAGAAAACUUCCGGAGGAGGUGAAGAUGUGUGAAAAGGUGAAGCCACCAUCUGAUAACAAAGAGGAUGUUCACUGUAGCCUUCUCACAUCACAGUAGGAACAAAUUAGAUUGAUUGUUGUCGUCUACUUGGUAACCAUGUCGCACGAACUCGCUUUUCGUUGUCGCGUCACCUCCAUUAUGGAAGCUUUGACAGAAACAGUCGUGCAAGAAAUCUGUCAAUUUAUGGGAGAAAGCUAUGCUGCUCUUCGAGUGGAAAUGUUGCAUGAACAAAAUAAAAAAGAGACAAGGAUGGAGAAGCCAGCGAACUGCCCCAAGAACAUUUCAAAACCUGUUAGCCCACCAAGUUUGGGAAACUUUCCAAUCGUGGGGCAGAUCCUGAAUAAACAAGAGGCCAACUAUCAUUGGCUAGAAGACGGUGCUGUUUUUGAAGGCCUAGCAUCACCGGUGCCAAAGACUGAGAGACGAGAGCCAUCACAGCCCCCCGGUCAGAUUACAGACACGGUACCAUGGCCAGUAUGGCUCAUCAAACAGGAGGAAAUGGCUGAUGAUGAUUUGGAAUCGGACGGUUACGGCGAGUGGAUUCCAGAGACUCCCAAGGCAAGCCAGAAUAUCACAGGAGAAAGUGAUGAGGAAGAGAGAAGUCAAGCCUCUGGGGGAUCCAGAGAACUUGGACUCAACGACUUCAAGAGAGAACCGAGUCCGUUGUUGGUGUCAGCUGAGGAUGCUGUGACACCUAUAAAGACAAAGUAUAAAGCACGCAUGUUAGAACACACUGGGAAGCCACGUUUCCGCUGCGAUAUCUGUGGUGAGAAAUUCCAGCGUCAGAGCGGCUUGACCAGGCACCAGCGGCACAAACACAACACCGUGAAAACCUAUAGUUGCACUGUGUGUGGGAAAGGGUUCACCUACAUCAAAUCCCUCAACACGCAUGAGCUCACGCACUCUGAUGUCUCUAUCAGUUCAACUAUAACUCUGGAUGAAGCCAAGGCAAGGAAAAGAGGUCUGACUGAUGAACCCACAGACAGAAAUGCAGCAAGAGAUAUGAUCAGUGCCAUCCUUCACUCAAAGCCAGGUGGAGAAAAGGUGUUCCAGGAGUAUGGGAAAACCAAAGGUCUUACGGAUAGCACACGGAGACUGAUGGUGAACAUUAUUGUGGCCGACAUGAUGGAAAAUCAUGGUAGGAUCCCCCCAUCAAGUGUCCGCACCAACUACGCCCUGGGGAUUGUGACUUUAUUCCCCUACUUGAAUGAUCCAGAUUCAGAGCAUGGCUAUGAACAAUAUUACGACGCAGCUAGUGGGUCUGGUUAUCUGACCUGGAGAAUAAAGACAGUGGGGCGCAACAAAUCAUGUAAGACCAAGAGGAGAUCCAAGUCCACCUAUCAAAAUGGUCCAAAGGCUCAACACAGUUCCCCUUCAGCUGUUGAGGAACUGUUAGAUGAACAAGUGUCCAUAUCUGAGGUCUUGAUCUGCUCAGUUGGGUCUGAUUCCUCUGGAUCAGCUUUAACUCUGGAAAAAUCCAAGGCACGAAAAAGACGUCUGACUGAUGAACCUACAGACAGAAAUGCAGCAAGAGAUAUGAUCAGUGCCAUCCUUCACUCAAAGCCAGGUGGAGAAAAGGUGUUCCAGGAGUAUGGGAAAACCAAAGGUCUUACGGAUAGCACACGGAGACUGAUGGUGAACAUUAUUGUGGCCGACAUGAUGGAAAAUCAUGGGAUCCCCCCAUCAAGUGUCCGCACCAACUACGCCCUGGGGAUUGUGACUUUAUUCCCCUACUUGAAUGAUCCAGAUUCAGAGCAUGGCUAUGAAAAAUAUUAUGAUGCAGCUAGUGGGUCUGGUUACCUGGCCUGGAGAAUAAAGACAGUGGGGCGCAACACGUCAUGUAAGACCAAGAAGAGAACCAAGCCCACCUAUCAAAAUGGUCCCAAGGCUCAGCGAAGUUGCCCUUCAGCUGUUGAGCAGCUUUCGGGGAUGAAUGCAAAGAGGCGAUAUCUGUGCUUCAGCAUACAACAACUAAUGAGUCACUGGUUCGAGAGAAGAUGAUGGCAACGUUCCAAUACAGACAGCAGGUGGUUCAUGAUCCGGGGAAGUCCUCAACUGUCCUAGAUGUCUUCCCCAGAUUCCUUGACACUACGGGCUUGAUCAACCAAGAUUUCACCAGACUUUUCGGAGAGGUGGUGUCUGGGACAUUUAUGGCGAAGUGGCCAACAUUUUUCAAACCCAGGGUCAUCGCAGAUUGCAAAACCCUUCCCUUCAGUGAACCUGUGGAAGACCUCCUCUCAUCUGCUCAGCAGGAAUCCAAUGAUUAUGGAUGGGAGAGUGACUUGGCAGCCAUUUUGUUGCUUCUGCAUCUCCUACCCCCGACCUCAAAGGGCCCAAAGACCGCAAAGAUCCGUACCUCUCAAGCUGCUGACCAUCUGGUUAGAUUUCUGAAGGUAGGGACAAGUAUGGUGACCUUCCUUGAGACAGUUGGAUAUGAGCAGCAGCCCUUCCUCCUCUGUGUCGGUGAAAGGAAGAACAGCCUUCAGAAGUUUUACAUCGUCGUUGACCAGAAGGCCAUCCCAUGCAAGGCCCAAACAUCAGUGGCAGCAUUUGACGAGCUCUUUAAGGCACACUAUGUCUUCAGUGUGUCCUACCAUGAAGCGUUGUGUAACUUCUACACAUUCAUCCAGACCACCGUGUACGGUAUCGACGUGGGGAAGGCAAAGGAGUCCUCUAGAGUCAAGGAGAUUAGAGUAAGGCUGCUUAACAAAGACCAGGGGAGUGGUGCCGCCGGAGCGCAAGGGAGCGGUGCUCCCGUCCUUUUUGCAAUUUGAGAAUAUAAGUUAGUAGUUGAAUAGAAUAGAGCAGUAUCACCAUCUGCUCUAUUUCACUCCUGAAACAGUAACUCAAGAAGAUCUAAGUGCGUAUCCCCAUGAAGCUGAUUGAGAUCAAAUGAUUGUCAUGCAGAUGCAGUUUGGACAUUUCACCUGUAAAACUCAAAUAAUUAUUGUUCACCAAUGACACUGAUGGCCUAUUUGUAAAUUAGAUGCCCUCAAACACCAAGUUAGGCAUAUUACAUUUUAGUGAGAGAGUAUGAGCAUAGGGCAGAUGUUGCAGUUGGAGAAUGCAUUUUGUGCAUAUUGUAUUAUAAUAUUAAUUACGUUACAUCUGUCAGUACAAACUUUGAUUGUAAAAUUAUGUAAUUCACUUUUUGGGGAUUGGCUCCCGACCCUAACAAAAACAAAUGGCACUAUACCACUUACAUAGAUAUGUGAAUUGAGAUGUGUUUACUUGUUUUAUUUGUAAAAUACACUACAGCAGUUGUGCAUUGCUUUUUUGACAAGUUUCAUCAUGGUUUGUCAAUAAAACGUAAUUGAAUCUGGA